AAAACUAUGUGAAGCAACCAACGUGUGUUCUGGGACCGGUUUGCUUAAAAAAGAGCGCUGCAAAAAUGAUUCUCGAACUUUCAAUUUGGACUCUAUUGGGACUUGGCAAAAAUUCAAGUUUCUCUGAUCUAGUCUAACAAUUUUCCACCAACAAUCCCCAUUUCCUCACUCUUCAACAUAUGCAUCUGCAUCACUAUCGAUUUGUUAGCUUCUCAAGAGACUAACAAUGUUGCAUGAGCUUCUGCUAGCUUUACUGGGCUACACCGGCGACUUAAUCGUCGACCGGAGGGACCAACUCACCGUCGAAACCCCCGUCUCCGAAGAAUGCACUUUCAAGCUCGCUCCUGACAUCUCUUUUAUCGAUCCAAGUGACAGGGAGCUUAUUGAGAGGAUCAUUGUGUUGGGGUUUUAUUAUAGGGAGAUGGAGCGAUUUUCUGCCAAGUCUAGGAAUUUAAGUUGGAUAAGGUCUUCAAAUGUGAACCCUUUGGAGAAAAGGGAGAAGGCCAGUGUUUAUCGUAGGGCUCUAGCCAAUGGCAUUGUUGAAAUACUCUCAGUUUAUAGGUCUGCGGUUCUGCAUAUUGAGCAGAAGUUGUUGUCUGAGACCAUGCCUAUCUUGGCAACAGUUACUCAGGGUCUUAACAAGUUUUUUACCCUUUUGCCACCACUGUAUGAGCUCAUACUAGAGAUUGAGCGUGAUGAUAUUCGUGGAGGUCAACUUCUUAAUCUUCUACACAAACGAUGCCACUGUGGAGUUCCGGAAUUACAGACUUGCAUACAAAGGCUUCUUUGGCAUGGGCACCAGGUCAUGUAUAACCAGCUUGCAUCAUGGAUGAUUUAUGGGAUUCUUCAAGACCAGCAUGGAGAGUUUUUCAUUAGGAGGCAAGAAGAUAGAGAUGUAGAGAAUGGAUCAUCUCAUCCAGACAUCUCUGAAAAGUUGGCACGCAUGUCAACGGAUGAUGCAUCUUUGACUGAUUGGCACUUAGGCUUUCAUAUUUCUUUGGAUAUGCUGCCAGAAUAUAUACCUAUGCGUGUAGCAGAAUCAAUUCUUUUCGCUGGCAAAGCUGUCAGGGUUCUACGAAAUCCAAGUCCUUCCUUCCAGUCUGGAGAUGGCAUGCAUCCUCAAAUGCCUAAGAGCUUUCAGAAAACACUUGGAUUGGCAGGGCGUUUUCAUUUUCAGACGGAACCUGCAAUCAAUAUGGGAAUGGGAGGAGAAGAUCUGCUUCCACAAUCUGAGGCUGAUAAGAUUGAAGCAAUGCUUCUGAACCUAAAGGAAUCGUCUGAAUUUCAUAAAAGAUCAUUUGAAUGUGCUGUGGACUCUAUUCAGGCGAUUGCGGCCAGUCAUCUAUGGCAGCUUGUAGUUGUACGUGCUGACUUAAAUGGCCACCUUAAGGCCUUGAAAGACUAUUUUCUUUUGGCAAAAGGAGAUUUCUUCCAGUGUUUCCUUGAGGAAAGUCGUCAGUUAAUGAGAUUGCCACCGCGCCAAUCAACUGCUGAAGCUGAUCUUAUGGUCCCAUUUCAGCUGGCUGCAUUAAAAACUAUUGGUGAAGAAGACAAAUAUUUUUCUAAAGUGUCCUUGCGGAUGCCAUCUUUUGGAAUCACAGUUAAAUCUUCCCUAUUAGAUUUACCAAAGGCAACCUCUUCUAUAGAUGGUAGCUCUGGUGCUUCACUCUCAAAUGCUUCAGAAAUGUCAUUUGAUGGUUGGGAUGGCAUUGCUCUUGAGUAUUCUGUUGACUGGCCUUUGCAUUUGUUCUUUACUCAAGAAGUCCUCUCUAAGUACCUUAGAAUAUUCCAAUACUUACUGCGGCUCAAACGAACGCAAAUGGAGUUGGAGAAAUUAUGGGCAUCUGUAAUGCACCAGUAUCACAGUGAUUUUGCUAAACACCGAAAGGAUCAAGACAAGUGCUCAAUAACACUGCAGAAAAGUCAGCGGUCUCGACCAAUGUGGCGUGUUAGAGAACAUAUGGCAUUCUUGAUCAGAAAUCUCCAAUUUUAUAUUCAGGUGGAUGUGAUAGAGUCUCAAUGGAAUAUUUUGCAAUCUCAUAUCCAAGAUUCUCAUGAUUUUACAGAACUUGUGGGCUUUCAUCAAGAGUAUCUGUCAGCCUUGAUUUCACAGACUUUCUUGGACAUUGGUUCUGUGUCCAGGAUCCUGGAUAGUAUCAUGAAGCUUUGCUUGCAAUUUUGCUGGAAUAUUGAGAAUCAAGAUAACUGUUCAAAUGCUUCUGAACUUGAACAUAUAGCUGAGGAAUUCAACAAGAAAUCAAAUUCCUUGUACACGAUACUACGCAGCAGCAGGCUUGCUGGAAGUCAGCGUGCUCCAUUUUUGAGACGUUUUCUCUUGCGGUUAAAUCUGAAUUCGUUCUUUGAGGCCACUGCAAGGGGUGUGCUGAAUGUUGUCAGGCCACGUCCUACACUUCCUGUUUUAAAUCAACAAUAGUAUCAUACCACCACAAAUUCAGAGUUUCUCACUUAUAGGGAUGUUUGGCAUGUGUCCUUCGGUUGAGUAAAUUCCCCCUUCCCAUUUGGUGAGCAAAUUUUGCUGUUGAUAAUCAAGUUACUUUCUAGUCGCCAUUGGCAUUUUAUCAUCCGGCAGCUGUCCUUUGAAAAUCAGCUGCACAUUCCAUUUGCUAUUUUGAGAAAGUGGUCCUUGAUCCUAACUGAUUUUGAUUGAUGUUAUUGUAAAUGCUGGUCAUUUUGGAAGGUUGUUCAUGCUUGUGCUUCUUAUGUGGCUGGUGGAUGGCUGUUGCUGUCUUUCCCACUAUUGUUACCUUUUGUAGAUGGAAGCAGGGAUCUUUGUGUAUAGUGUGAUUGGUUUUUCAUAUCAUGAUUUACUUUACUCAAUGCAAUUCUUUUCGCGUGGUUAAAUUU